AUGGCUCGAGGAAAGUGGAUUGAUAAAAAGAAUGCGACACAUUUUCAACUUGUUCAUCGUCCUCAGAACGAUCCGUUAAUUCACGAUGAAUCUGCAUCUUCCAUGGUCUUAAAUCCCACCAAUGCACCCAAUUCGAGCAAAAUCAAGAAACUCGAUGAUUUGACAGCUGAGCUUGGUUCGGGCAUCGCACAUGUCAGAGAUAACGAAGGAGAGGCCGCAAACUAUGGUGUUUACUAUGAUGACACUGAAUAUGAUUAUAUGCAACACAUGCGCGAUUUGGGUCGUGGAGGUGGUGAAUCAACUUUUGUGGAAGCCACUGGACCAAAAAACAAAAACAAGGGAAAGGGAAAACAAUCUUUGGAGGAUGCGCUGAGGAACGCAAGCUUGGAAGACAAGGCUGGAGCCGUUCUUGAUGACGAAAUUCUGCCGUCCAAAAACCUUCGAAAGGUUACAUACCAAGCACAACAAGAUGUCCCUGAUGCUUUAGCUGGGUUUCAACCUGAUAUGGAUCCAAGGUUGAGGGAGGUUUUGGAAGCUUUAGAAGACGAGGCUUAUGUAGACGAUGAUGACGAAAUUUUUGAGAAAUUGGCAAAGGAUGGGGAGGAAUUAGACGAAGAAGAAUUCGACGAAACUUGGGAUGAUGAAGACGGAUGGGAAUCAGAUGCCACAGCAAAGCCUACUCAAGAAUACAAGGACGCACCUGCUACGACCCAGGAUAUAGAUGAUGAUGAGCGGGAGGAUCAUGGCGACGGGGAUUGGAUGGCAAACUUCAGCAAAUUCAAAAAGGAUCAGAAGUCCAGCAAGGCUCAAGUUGCGCCUUCGCAAUCUGACCUACAAUCAUCAUUGUUUACCACCACCACAAAUGGCGGAAGGCGAAAGAAGAGAAAGGGUGCCUUGACAAACCCUUCCGCUUACUCCAUGACAUCGUCCUCAAUAUUCAGAACAGAAGGCCUUACUACACUCGAUCAACGAUUCGAGAAAAUCGAGGAACAAUACAACGAGGAUUUUGACGAUAUGGCCUCCGUUUCGAUGGCCUCGUCAUCUGUAUCUACUGUAGAAGGCGACCUUCGCCAAGAUUUCGAUAGUAUUAUGGAUGACUUCCUAGGCAGUCAUUCUAUGAGCGGUAAGAAGAAUGUGAAGAAGAUGAAAUACCAGACUGGUAUGGAACAGUUAGACGAGGUUCGGAAGGGUCUCGGUCCAGCACGCUUCAGCAGCUUCGGUAAUCGUUCCACUCGUACCCAGAGGGCGUGA